UGGCGACGACUCGCAUGGCAACAAGGAAUGCUCGCUUUUUUGGACCUCGGAUUGUACCUGUCCCAUUUCUUUAUUUUCGAUUUCAUAAGGGAAAACAUUGAUUCGCUGGUACAGAUAAUUCAGAUUUCUGCGCGACGACUGCUGAGAAUCUGAUAUUUCCUUCUUAACAGACCCAACCAACGGCGAAACGUGAAUCCGUUUAAUCCAUAUUUCAUUAAAGAAGUAUGAAGAUGGUGUUUCGAUGAGCAUUAUUUUGUUCUUUGGAUGAAACACAAUCAAAACGUACGUAUGCAACUGCAUGCUAGGCUGAUAAUGGUGUCUUGAAAGGUACUUGAUAACUCCUUCGGGGACGGACCAGCUGUCCCGCCUGUCUACAAAAGGUACGAAAAUUGAGUCAAUUUUUAAUGCUUUUUGACAUGAUACUUGAGAGCUCCUUGGGGACGGGCCACGCCCAUGUUACAUUAACUCAUUUAACGACACCUGGCAGCACUAAUCAACAUACAUUGACGUACGCUCAGUGAUUAGUCGAAUCGAAAAUAGCAUAAUGCACGUGGUUAUCGCCUUGUCAUCGUUAAAUUAAUUAACACUCGAAUCGUUGAUCCACCCUCCGAACAGCUAUUCAUAGGAAUACCUUCACGUUCGGGCAUUAGAUUGGAAAAAAACUGCAGAGCCCGAGUUUCCGCUAGCUCAGCAGGAUAAAAUGUGACUACAGUUGGAAUGUCAACCGUGCCAAAAUGCAUUGGGUGCAGUGCUCGGCAAGGUAACGUAAAUGUCGGAUUCAUUCAGUUCAGCCUCGGCUGACUACGAUGUAGCUCCUUGGUUGUGAAAUCAAGCUGCGAUGGCGAACCAAAAACUUUUAAUAUACAGUUUUGAUUAAACGCUGAUGAUAUCCAUUCUUUAAGACUUUUUAGAAGCUACGGGCAUAUUUGGAAUUUAAGUAUUAAAUGUAAAGAAGAAAUAAUGUAAUAUCAUGACCAAAACGUUCACCUGUUGCUAUGUACAAGUCUUUUCGGGUCAGCGGAUGUGUGACUUCCUUUGUCAUACCUUAGAGUACUCUAGAGUACCCAAGGCCAUUUUUGGUAUUUGCGGCAGAACAGCUCCGCUGCUGGACACUAGGAUCUUAUAUUUGAGUGGAGCCUUUGUUGCCUGGGGUUGAUCAGUACUUUGAGAAUCAGAGCACUCAUCACUCAUCCUGUGUUGCAGGAAGGCACCGCAUCAAAGCAAGUGAGUAUAUAUACCUCAAAAGAAACGGCGUUUUACAUGUUGUGACAAUAAUGAUCUUUAUUCGCCAGGCCCUCAAUCAAAGUGAAUGAACAUAUGCUUGUGCAUGUAUUUAUCCGCAUGGCUUAUUUCUUCGUUCGACGCAAAGCAUAGAUUUUAAAUCGCUGCACAUGAGAAAAAAUAUUUGUAACUAAGAAAAGUUGGCCAACAGGAAAGAAACCGCGCAGCAUCUAUGAUUGAAAAUAGUGAUUUCCUGGAAAACACUAGAUAAAGUAUAUUCGUUUUCUUUGCAGCUCAGUUGGUGAAAUGAAUUGUGGAAUUGUCCUAUCCGGAACGUGACUGCUCGACGCAUGGAUACGAUGCGACCAGGACCUUCUCGUUGAACAGCUGCAAUCGACACGGACCGACAAGUUGUUGUCUUAAAUAAUCUGGCAAGUUUGUCACCCGAAGUAUCUUUUUCGCUGGAUUUAUACUUUGUUUUUCACCGUGAUAAAACAUUGGCAAACAAGUCAUUGUAAACGUACACCAUUCGGUUCUGUGUAGUGGAAUAUCCAUCUGAUGUUACUGUAACUGGGUUGUUUUAUCUUCAUCGUAUGAUAAAAGCGGCAUUGAACUUGAAAAAAGUUCAAAAUGGCGAGCAGCCGUACUACGGAACUCAAUAGCGGCUACAAUCCUUCCGAGGGGUCACCAACGUCUAAUUACAACACCACCAAUGGAAACUUAUUCAACACAACGACUGCCCCCUAUCGGGACGACACUAUGGUUAAGGUGGAACUGGCUGUCCAAUCCAUUGCCUUUAUCUUCGCCGUUAUAGGGAAUGGCGCCGUCAUAUGUGUACUUCUGCCACGUUGGAAGAAGCUUGCUCGUGUACACCACUUUAUGCUGAACCUAAGCAUAGCUGAUAUGCUCGUGGCGUUCUGGACCAUAUUAGAACAAUUGAUGGAGGACCUAGCAUACAAUGGAUUCCUGACUGUAGGCGGUGACCCCCUAUGUAAAUUUCUUCGCUUCAUGCAGCUAUUUCCAGUGUACGGCUCUUCGUAUAUUUUAGUCAUGUGUGCUAUUGACCGGUUCAUUGCAAUAUGUUACCCCUUGAAAAACUACUCGUGGACAAAUAAACGGACUUACAUGCUAGUGACAUUAGCAUGGGGUAUAAGCUUCCUCCUAGCAUCGCCACAGUUCUUUUUGUUUUCGUCCCAAUACGAUAAAGUUUACGACUUGGUGAAGUGCAACCAUGCUUGGGACAAUUUGCCAGAGUGGACCGUAUUAGCCUACACUUUCUACCACAUCGGUUUUACUUUCUUUAUCCCUUUGAUAGUCCUCGUGAUCACAUAUGGAUGCAUAUCAUACACGGUAUGGGUAAACGUGCAUUAUAAAAUGAAAACAAACAACAACAAGAAAGAAAAUGGUGUUGGCUCCACGACAUAUGGCAGUGGACAUAUUUCGGUGAUUGCGCGUGAUUCGACCACAGGCAACGGAGCUAAACAGGCUGCAGUGAUGCCGCGGACCCAUUCCGGGCGAGCCUUCUCCCGUGCCAUGCUGAAGACUGUGACACUGACGUUCAUCGUGGUUUGUGCCUUUAUCGUCUGCUGGACACCAUAUUCCAUCAUGAUGGUCUGGUGGUCGCUGGAUGUGGAACUACCAUAUCGUCCAGGUGUAGCGGAAGUCCUUACUGUUUCGUCCCUGUUGACCCAUCUGAAUAGCUGCUGCAACCCUUACAUCUACGUGGUGUUCAACUACAAGAUAAUCAAACGGUUCUUCUGCUGGAGGAAAAAGGAGUCCAGGCAGUUCAAAGAUAGGGUCAGGCUGUCAAGCAGUUCUUCACUGAGUAGCCAGGCCACUCGGGUGUCCAUUGUCAGUGAAUCUGGCUUGUGAGACGUCUUAGCGAUAUUCGCCUUACUGACCACACUCAACAGCUGCUGCAACCCUUAUAUUUAUAUAGUAUUCACGUUUACCACUAUCAAGAGAUUACUACCAUGGCAUCGUCGCAAAUACCAACAACCGAAUUGUUCGAACGUGUCAAAUACUACCUACAACAGUUGCGCUUACAAGCACCAGCCGACGGACAUUUUGGAGUUGACCGAGGUGCGGCCACUGUCGGGAUCGGACCAACCAUGUUUGACGUUUACGGAUUGUGAGGGAGUGAGCAUUGAUAUUAAUGUCAUGAAUUGUGACUCGGAAUCAGACUCAGAAGACAAUGCCGCGACCACAUCGGCUAUCAGCGCAUGUCCUGCUCGUUCAGAUGGAAAUAUACCUCGAAACGUUAAGGGCAUUCUAAAACGGAACAACGGGGUAGCCGAUGGACGUACCGAUAAUGUCAUCAGCAAAGUGGUUUCCAAUGGCGAGUCUGAUUCUCAAGGCAAUACGGACGCGUCGUUGUUAAUUGAUGGACAUUUCCCAAUACCAAUGGCGCGUAUGGAAAUCAUCGACGUCGAAGUUUAAAACAAUGUUUGCUUUCCCAAUACCAAGUAUGGAAAUCAUCGACGUCGAAGUUUAAAACAAUGUUUGCUUUCCCAAUACCAAGUAUGGAAAUCAUCGACGUCGAAGUUUAAAACAAUGUUUGCUUUCCCAAUACCAAGUAUGGAAAUCAUCGACGUCGAAGUUUAAAACAAUGUUUGCUUUCCCAAUACCAAGUAUGGAAAUCAUCGACGUCGAAGUUUAAAACAAUGUUUGCUUUCCCAAUACCAAGUAUGGAAAUCAUCGACGUCGAAGUUUAAAACAAUGUUUGCUUUCCCAAUACAAAGUAUGGAAAUCAUCGACGUCGAAGUUUAAAACAAUGUUUGCUUUCCCAAUACCAAGUAUGGAAAUCAUCGACGUCGAAGUGAUUUGACUUUUUUAUCGAACCGGAACAUUGAAUGAACUGCUGAGAGGUACGCUAUUUAGUACGGCAACCAUGUCGCACAAAAACGGGUGGGAUGUUAAGCCACUACUACAUUAUCGUUAUCGGUAAAGAAGUGUCUCGCUGAACUGACGGAAUGGAACGGAAUUCGAUGGAACACGAUAAAAUCAUGGCUUAAGAGAAGACUAGCGGGGAAAAUGGCAUGGUUUCUCUGGAUGCAUGCCAGAGCUGCCCCAUGAGCUAUAACUAUAUAACGUUGGUCCAGCAUUAUCUCCCGCUACUACCGGGUACCCCUUAAACUGGAAUACUUAUGGCGAUGAUUAAGCUGAUUUAUCACUUUCCGUCAAAUUUCGUUCAUACCGUUCAUUUCCGUCAAUUCGAUGAGGCCGUAGAAGAGUCAACGCAUAUUGACCCUUUAGUUUUUUCAUCAUCCUAGCUAGAUAAUGUUAAUACUUUUACCAAUUUGUUUCAGGUAUAAAUUUUAAACAUAUAUAUUAGAUAUGAUUGGAAAUGAGAAAGAACUUGAUACUGUCACCAUCUUAAUCGGUCAAAGCAAAUGUACAUGUAUUCCGUUGAUUGUUAUGUGCUGAAACCAACAUUAGGUGUUAACUUCAAGCCUUCAAGCUAGUGCAGAUACGAAAGAAAAGUGUACAUUGUCUCAUAAUAUUCUAUUUUGAUUUUCAUCUGAUAUUACACUCAUUUUAUUCUAGAAGGGAACAAAAUCUGUAGAAUUGGC